AAUUGUGUUUUACUAUGUUGUGAAGGAUAACGUUCAAUAACAAGGGUAGGUGGCGAUAUAAUAACUGUGUUUUACCAUAUUGUUAAGGAUAACGUUCAAUAACGAGGGUAGGGGGUGAUAUAACUGUGUUUUACCACGUUGUUAAGGAUAACGUUCAAUAACGAGGGUAGAUGGCGAUAUGAUAACUGUGUUUUACCAUGUUGUUAAGGAUAACGUUAAAUAACGAGGGUAGGCGAUAUAACUGUGUUUUACCAUGUUGUUAAGGACGACGUUCAAUAACGAGGGUAGGGGGUGAUAUAAUAACAACUGUGUUUUACCAUGUUGUUAAGGACAACGUUUAAUAACGAAGGUAUGGGGUGAUAUAACUGUGUUUUACCAUGUUGUUAAGGAUAACGUUCAAUAACGAGGGUAUGUGGCGAUAUAACUGUGUUUUACCAUGUUGUUAGAGACAACGUUCAAUAACAAGGGUGCCGGUAUAAAUAAAAAGCAUUGUUCUUCAUGGACACGGUUCUUAAUUAUUGUUCCGCUUUCUUGCUACUAAUCCAAUAUAGGAACUUUAGUUUUUAACUAGUUAUAUUGAAAAAUAGAUGCAUAUGUUGACUUUAACAUGACCAUAAUUGCGUCACCCCUCGUGAGACCCCAAUCAUAUUUCUUCAUUGAUAGACUUAUUCUAAUAUCAAAAUAUUGACUAUAUAUGUCCACUCACUGGUAAAAGAAAUCUUCAUGGACGUACCAAUUAAAGUACCAUAUUAUAUGGCUUCUUUAAAAAAAACUACUCAUAAGCGCUUCCCAUAAUCUUAAAAAAAUAUUAAGACUAAUCUCUUGCUCAACCUAUUUUACCACAUGACUUCAAAAGUGAGUCAUCUUAAAAAGUCACUUUGCAAAAACAAAUUGUGAAGCCGUGUACGAAAAUCAGUAUUUGGGAAGUAUUUGGGAAGUAUUCAUGUUUACAACAGAAACAAAAUUAAACCAAGUGCUAUGAUUUCAAUCAUGUUCUGGCUAUGGUUGCCAGCUUCUAAGACACAAUACCUCGAAAUAAUUAAAAUGUUACUAUUUCCUCAACGGGACUCAUUUUUGCUGAUGACGUCACAAUUUAUGUUAAGAAAACCGUUGUUUAAUGCAACAUUUACAGAAUGCCAACGACUAAAAUACAUGACAGUCGCUCUAAAUUUCAAAACUUAAGCAACUCAUUACAAUAAAUAUACAUGAUCAGUCCAUCGUAAAUUUCUUUCCACUCGUAUGUGAAGGUGACAAUUGUGUAUUGGAAGAAAACAAAUACCCAUGAGAUACAUGGAUUUUCAUAACUUUGAAAUUCAAUGAACAAACAACAUGGACAUCAGUAGAAUAUCACGCCUUAUGUCAAAUAAUAAAAUAUUAAUCAACUAGGAUAUUUUGAAUUUGGUUUUUAGCUUGAAAAUAUUCAUUUAUAAUAACCUGAAGACACAAUUUGAUUCUAUCAUCCCAUUCGAAUAAAAAUCUAACACUUCUGACCUGUUUCAUCGGAGUGUUCAUCUGUACGUUUGCGGAUGUCGACAUGUCUGCCCACUCCAGAACUUCUCGACGUCCGUACAAAUGAAAGAUCUGGCAUAGAACCGCAAACGCUCUCUCGACGGAUUUAAGUAUACUAUAUGAAACUAUUGUUUUGGGUUUAUUUAUUAAAAUCGAUUUCCGUAAAAUUAAUGCACAUAACUUUUGAAAAAUCCUCAUUUGUCUUUGGCUCACACCAAAAAAUAAUUGCGCCCGAAAUUUGCACGUAUAAUUGCUAGAUCAUUGUAUACAUUCAUUUUUUACGAUAAGUUAUUAACUGGUACAUACUUUAAAUUAAUAGAUCCUCAUUUGUGGCUCGAGGGGGAGAACGAAUGCCUCAGAUUUGAUGUGGUCGUUUUAACAAAAACAUUGAAGAAGACGAAGAAGGAAGAGAUAAUUAAUACACUUGAAAAAAACUAACAGCGCAUAGUGGCGUACUAUACCAGAGGUAAAACACAUACAUCGAACAACGCAGCAGUUCCAAACUGGCGUCAUUAAAAACAAGACGAAAUGCUUCCAAAAUCAGAUGCGGAAAAGAUCGAACUCCAGAACAAGGUGAUACAGCUAGAGAGCGCCCUCUACCAGCGGCAGCAGUAUAUUGAAGAGCUCCUAGAGAUGGUCGCUUCUAAUGACACGGAAGUUAACCAGGCCCAUCUAUCCAGUCUCCAUGGCAACACUGAUGAAUAUAGACAGUCUGGGAUUCCAAAAUUAGAGGAAGACUUGCAAGAUAUCGUGUAUGACCAGGACGUUCUCGGGAAUGAUGCUAUUGUCAUCACCACAGAGCCAAACCUUUGUGUUACCAUUGCAAACCUUUCAAGUGAUGUAGAUGUAUACUUUUUAAAAAACACUGACCACAUUGACUCACAAUGAACAUUUCAAGAAGAAAAACAAUUAAGAUGUUAAAUAAAUAUUUGUUUGUGAAUUUAAUGUGAUGCAUUUUAGUGUCAUAUCAUUCUCACAAGAAUGUUUAAAAAGUACUUACAACCUUAUCCGUUUUGGCUAUUAUGAAAUUUAGCACAAACUUACCUUUCCCUUCAAAACGUUUAAGUCUGUUUCAUGCACAAAAGAAUAUAUUUAAUACAUGUCCUAAAA